AUCCACCUCACCCCACCAUCUCGUUCUCACACAAACUGUCUCUCCAUUCUUCUAAACCUACCUACUCUUCCUCUUCACCUCGGCUACUUAUACCUUAUCUUUAUACUUCCUCUACAUACUUUCACCCACUAGACAUACAUAUUUAGACAUACAUCAUGGCACCUAUCACCGUCAAGAAGAUUUGCUGCAUCGGCGCUGGUUACGUCGGCGGCCCUACCUGUGCUGUAAUUGCGCUCAAGUGUCCCAACAUUCAGGUCACUAUCGUCGAUCUUAAUCAGGCUCGUAUCGAUGCUUGGAACUCGGACAACUUACCCAUUUACGAACCUGGUCUCGAUGACGUCGUCAAGGCUGCCAGAGGAAAGAACCUCUUCUUCAGCACCGACGUGGACAAAGCCAUUGCAGAGGCUGAUCUCAUCUUCGUAUCGGUCAACACCCCCACCAAGAAGACUGGUAUCGGUGCGGGAUUCGCUGCCGAUUUGAACUACCUCCAGCUCGCCACCCGUCGUAUCGCUGAAGUCUCCAAUUCUUCUAAGAUCGUCGUGGAGAAAUCCACUGUGCCCUGCCGCACUGCAGAAUCUAUGCGCACUAUCCUUGAAGCCAACUCGAAACCUGGUUGCACCUUCGACAUUCUUUCCAAUCCCGAAUUCUUAGCUGAGGGAACUGCCAUCGCCGAUCUCUUCGCUCCCGACCGUGUACUCAUCGGGUCUCUCCAGACACAAUCAGGUCUCGAUGCCUGUGAGGCACUCAUGUCGGUCUACUCCAACUGGGUUCCACGCGAGCGAAUUCUCACCGUGGGCUUGUGGUCCUCUGAGCUGUCCAAGCUCGCUGCCAACGCCAUGCUUGCCCAGCGUAUCUCCUCGGUUAACGCCCUCUCGGCCAUCUGCGAGGCUACGGGUGCGAACAUUGACGAAGUCGCCUAUGCCGUCGGUAAAGAUUCGCGUAUGGGUUCCAAAUUCUUGAAAGCGUCGGUAGGCUUUGGAGGAUCCUGCUUCCAGAAGGAUAUUCUCAACUUGGUGUACCUCUCGGAGUCACUUCAUCUUCCCGAAGUCGCCAGAUACUGGCGGGCUGUCGUCGAGAUGAACGAGCACCAGAAGAGCCGUUUUGCUCGCAAGGUCGUUGACACUCUCUUCAAUACCAUCACUGGUAAGAAGAUCGCCAUUCUCGGAUGGGCGUUCAAGAAGGACACUGGCGACACCCGCGAAUCUCCCGCCAUUACCAUUGCCAAUCACUUUUUGUCGGAAAAAGCUCGUAUCACUGUGUACGACCCGCAGGUGACUGAGUCUCAGAUCUGGCUCGACCUGACGGACUACGGUGCCAUCCCCGCCGAGCCCAUCAAGCCUCACAUGACCAUUUGCGAGUCUGCUCUCGAGGCUUGCCACAACGCCGAGGCGAUUGUAAUCUGCACCGAGUGGGACGAAUUCAAGACUCUGGACUGGGCCAAGAUUUACGCCAAUUGUCCCCGACCAGCGUUCGUGUUUGACGGUCGUUUGAUGUUGGAUCGCAAGGCGCUGCAGAAGAUUGGGUUCAGCGUGGUGACGAUUGGUACGGGUGACCGUGUCUAAGCUCAGCUAUUGAAGGUGCUCUGUCUCUUUUCUUGACAACGACAAGAAAUAUUAUGGUAUUGAUUGAUUAUGCGCUUAUUCAUUGAGAGAGGGACGAUAGAGAGAGAUUCAUGCAAAGCAUUCCUUGGUCGC